AUGGUACCUGUAAAGCGCGUCGCGGUCAUCGGCGCUGGGCCGGCGGGGGCUAUUGCGAUAGAUGCCCUGGCGCAAGAAAAGACUUUUGACAUUAUCCGUGUAUUUGAACGUCGCGAGGGUCCUGGAGGCUGUUGGAUUGGCGACUCAACUCAACCUCCAACGCUUCGCAACUUUGCAUCUCUAGCGACAAGAACAGCAGAUCCUCCAAUCCCAAUUCCCGAAAGUCUGCCUGCGCAGACUGGAAAGUCGGACCAGCCUCGAUUUACUGAGUCGUCCGUGUACCCUUAUCUGGAAACCAAUAUCGACUUUUUGCCUAUGCAGUUCGCCCAAGAACCUUUCCCAGAGGAGCGCAGCGAGCUCUCCAUAUCUCACCACGGACCUGAAACCCCAUUCCGAAAGUGGGAUGUGGUACGGAGAUACGUGAGGAGUCUCGUAGAGCGCCGGGGCUAUGGCGACUGGGUUUCGUACAACACCACAGUCGAACGGGUCGAGAAGGUGGGGACGGAGUGGAAAGUAACACUGCGAAAAGAUGGGGAAAAGAGUGAUUACUGGUGGGUUGAGUGGUUCGAUGCGGUCGUCGUGGCGAGCGGGCACUUCUGGGUCCCAUAUAUACCCCCAAUUGAAGGCCUCGAUGCCUUUGAGAAGACCAGACCAGGCAGCGUACUUCACAGCAAACACUUCCGCGGGAGACAGGCAUUUGCUGACAAGCGAGUUGUGGUUGUGGGCGCAUCUGUCUCAGCAGCCGACCUCGCAUUUGAUCUUGUGGAAACGGCAAAGGAGCCGGUCCAUGCAAUCACAAUUGGCCAUGCUGCUAACGGGUACUUUGGCGAUGAAGCAUUCAACCAUCCCAAGAUACAAAACCAUCCCUCAAUAGAACGAGUCUCAAACAGGACUGUGCACUUGACGGACGGAAAUUGCAUCACGGAUGUCGACCACAUAGUCUUCGGCACAGGCUACAGCUGGACACUGCCAUUCCUACCGGCAGUUCCAGUUCGCAAUAACCGAGUCCCCGAUCUAUACCAACACGUUGUUUGGCAAAAAGACCCAACAUUAUUGUUUGUCGGUGCCGUUGCGGCUGGUCUGACGUUCAAGGUCUUCGAAUGGCAAUCGGUUUUAGCUGCACGACUGCUGGCCGGUCGAGCUACUUUACCGUCUGUUGAGGUGAUGCAAAAAUGGGAAGCGGAUCGGGUCAAGGCUCGGGGUGAUGGUGUGAAGUUUACGCUGCUCUUCCCAGAUUUCGAGGACUACUUUGAGACGCUGAGACGUCUAGCCGGCGAGGGAGAGGAGGGCAAGGGAAGAAAGCUGCCCAAGUUCCGCCGUGAGUGGGCGAGGGCAUUUUUUGAGGGACAUGAACGCCGCAAGGCUAUGUGGAAGAGGCUGAACUUGAAAUCUCGGGCUUUGAUAAAUAUUGAGACUUCCCAUAAGGAAGUAGCUCGGCUUUGA